GUGCCCCGCACGGUUCACCUCAGGCGUUGUCAAGAUGCCGUCCCAAAAGACGUUCAAGACCAAGAAGAUCCUGGGCAAGAAGCAGAAGCAGAACAGGCCCAUCCCCCAGUGGAUCCGCAUGCGCACCGGCAACACCAUCAGGUACAACGCCAAGCGUCGCCACUGGCGCCGCACCAAGCUCGGCAUCUGAUCGAUGCGACGGGCCCGGGCGUGGGUUGACGGUUUGGACGGUUCACGGCGCGGUCGCUCCACUAGCGCGAGACUGAUAGACGAAGACGAGACGAAAGAAGGGCGAGCGAGCGACUCCUUUUUAGAGGGAGGCAACGCGCCGCGUCCGUCGCCGUAGCUUCUUGUAAUUGGCGAGCGAUCACUUUGGAUCUAUG